UUCCUCAACCCACAAUUUUAUGCGAUGGUCACUGUGCUUAUGAGUGUGGUGAUCCAUGUAUUUUUGGUUGUACGUCUUGUAAAACCAGUGGACCAAGCUGGUCAGCGACUUACUAUUUUAUGGAUAAAACUCAGUGUCUUUGACACAUAUGUAUUUG